UAGUGCUGCCAAAUCAACUGGUGGCGAAGCAUUGUUACAAAAAUUCCUCUGCUAUACACAAUUGUUUGGAAAUGGAGUGAAGUUUUGGUUUAGUUGAUUGACAUUUAUUGUUAUUUAUUAGUAGAUUGUGAUAAUAAAAGACACAACAAUGCAGAAAGCACAAAUGCAUGUCGUCGCAAACACGUGUGCAACGGGAAAUGUGGCGAGUGUUGCCAGCAACUUUGGUCCCGAAUCUGGUCCCAAUGACGGUCAACAAUUGAUGCUUUCUUCUUCAGCAUUGGGAUUGGAAAUAUUGUAUGAAUCAUGUAAACAAGUGUACCCUCUUCAACCAAAUCCAUUGCAAGUGACAGCGUUCAUCAAAUAUUGGCUUGGUGGUCCAGAUCCUCUAGACUAUAUAAGCAUGUAUGAUCAUCCUGGAAUCCCAGAACUUCACAUCCCUCCACAUUGGCAUUAUAUCAGUUUUGGCCUGACAGACUUGCACGGUGAUGGCAGAGUUCACGAGCCUUCAGGACCAGAGUUUCCCAGUGGUUUUGGUUUUGAGCUGACUUUCCGCCUAGCCAAAAAGUCUGGUGAAGCCACACCACCCACAUGGCCAGCAGCUCUGUUACAGGCCCUUGCCAAGUAUGUUUUCCACACUGGUAACUCUUUCUUCGCUGGUGACCACGUCUCCUGGCAUUGUCCUCUGGACGGAUCGGAUUUUGAAUGUCGCUUGCAACACAUGCUCCUGGCGGAGGAUCUUUUGUUACCGCCAGUCCAAGGGCCAUUAGGUUCCGUCAAGUUUCUGCAAGUCGUCGCCGUUACGGAGGAAGAGUUGCAAGUUUCCCAGCACUGGAAUGGAACUAGCGUGUUGGAACUUUUGCGACGAGUUCCCUCUGCCGGAGGCCCUUGGCUUGUUGCCGACAUGCAGCGUCAGUUAUCGCUGUUUGAAUUGCAGCCCUCCUUCCGCCGCGAAGUCGAACAUGGGAUCGAUCGUGACGGAUGCUCGUUGUCGGGCGUCAGCGCUCGCUGCCACUGGGAGGAGAGAAAAGUCACUUCGAAAACUGGUUCGGCUUGGAGGAGUCCGGAAGCUGAGGACGACUCUAGUAGUCAGGAUGACGAAGAAGAUGAACCGGAAGCUGGAGCGACCCUCGGGCGUCAUCGACCGGCCGACGGUGAACCAACCAUCAACGGCGAAAUCUGGCCCAUUCGACGACUCUACAAGGGUGUCCAUUUGACGCUCAACUUGGAAGCUGCUUCCCUCCUGCCCGUCGUUCUUCGGGGACGACUUCGACACGAUCGGCAUUUUACCUUCAAAGCAGUGGCCGGCGAAACGGCGGUGACGCUCCUGACGGGCAGAGUGGGAGGUGCAUUGGCUUCACCGUCAGCUCCUCUCGUAGCCAAAGGUCCUUGGCUUCAGAUCCUCGUCGAUUCCGAGUGGUUAGCCAAACUAGAAUCUGAUUUGGCUUGCCUCCAGCAGCCCGAUGGGGUGGUGGUUCCCAAAACGUUUUGCUGGUUCGACCGACAGAUGGCGUUGACGGUAGUUCCCGAUGAAUUAUGACGACUGUAUAAAAAAAAAGUCUUGUCUUUCUCAACUUUUUUUUCUUCUUUUAUUUUUUUUCAUGUUGUUUUCCUUCUUUUUCCCACCCCUUUUCUUUAUCUAUUCUUUUUCUUUUUUUACAAUUGUAAACUGUAACCACGUGCCUUUAUUAUUAUUCCUCGUGCUCGCGCGUGGGAUGGAACCUGACCUGCGUGAAUCUCCUUUUCUCUGGAAAAAAACAAAACGAAAUAUCUCGGGCGGAUGUUGACGGAAGCUGCGUGUUUGCUGCAAUUAUAAUGACGUUGAAAACUU